CAAACAGUGAGUCAAUUCCUUUUGCAGAUUCAUCCAUUCAUUCUUAAUGUUCUUUUUUUAUACAUCUUUUCAUUUCAAUUUCUUCUUCCUCCUCUCAAUCAAUUCUCAUAUCAUCCUUUUCCCCUUUAUGAUAUGAUUCUCUCAUAUUUCUUCAUGGCCUAAGGCGAGCAUGACGAAGUCCAAAAGUUUCGUACAAAAUCUCAUCAAACAAUUAAGAUUCGGUUCCUCAAGAGAUAGGCAGGGUGAGGAUGAUUUGGAGGAGAUUGCUGCUAAGGAACAGAAGCUUAUUCAGUUUGAAACCUUAGUUGAAGCUACCAACAAUUUUCACCCCAACAACAAGCUUGGCCAAGGCGGAUUUGGUCCUGUUUACAAGGGGAAGUUAAAGGAUGGAAGAGUUAUUGCAGUGAAGAAGUUAUCACUUUAUUCAAAACAAGGGAGAAAAGAGUUUAUGACUGAGGCUAAAUUGUUGGCUCGUGUGCAGCACAGAAAUGUUGUCAAUUUGUUGGGAUACUGUGUGCAUGGUUCAGAGAAACUACUGGUUUACGAAUACGUCAUGAAUGAGAGCCUCGACAAGCUUCUCUUUAAAUCCAGCAGACGAGGAGAACUUGAUUGGAAGAGGAGAUAUGACAUAAUCUUUGGCAUAGCACGAGGGUUGCAAUAUCUUCAUGUAGACUCACAUAAUGUCAUUAUCCAUCGUGACAUAAAGGCUAGUAACAUUUUGUUGGAUGAUAAAUGGGUCCCUAAAAUUGCGGAUUUUGGCAUGGCUCGUCUCUUCCCUGAAGAUCAAACUCAUGUCAAUACUCGUGUUGCUGGGACAAAUGGAUAUAUGGCUCCCGAAUAUGUAAUGCACGGACAUCUAUCUGCAAAGGCAGACGUUUUUAGCUUUGGCGUUUUGGUUUUGGAACUUAUAAGUGGCCAGCGAAAUUCGUCAUUUACUUCAUUUAUGGAUGCGGAGAAUCUACUUGAUUGGGCUUACAAACUAUACAAGAAGGGAAGGAGCUUGGAGAUCAUGGACCCAACACUAGCAUCAUCAGCUGAUCCUGACCAAGUUACGAUGUGCAUUCAAAUUGGAUUGCUCUGCACGCAAGGCGAUCCACACCUACGGCCGACCAUGCCACGUGUAGUUUUAAUCCUUUCAAAGAGACCUGGUAAUUUGGAGGAACCAACGAGACCAGGAAUACCCGGUUCUCGGUAUAGAAGAUCUCGUAGGACAAGUGCAUCGUCCUCCAUUGUUGGUACUUCAGGAACUUCUGGUGCAUCUGACUCCUAUGCUUUGACAACCAAUACUACUGGAACUAUAACUGCUACAGCAACCGCAACCGCAACUGCAAACGAAGUUGCUUCUAGUUCUUCUCCAAUUAGUCGAAGAUACGAUAAUCGUGGGAAACGUCCAAUAGAAGGUUAGAGCCUUUUUCUAAUAGGAUCCAUUCUUUUUGUUCAUAAGUUUUGUAUCCUUUAUUUAUAUUAGAGUGUAAAUGUUGAGGUGAUAAGUUUUUGGUCUAAGUAAUAGCUGGAUUGCCAUACCUUCUCCCAUUUCCCCAUUUCUCAUCAUUUGGAAAGGAGAUUAAAUACAAUUUCUUGUCACAUUUUUUGUACAGUUAAGUUUGGUGUAAAGUAAAAAGAAUAAAGAAAAUAUUUACAAUAUGUA